AUGGAGUUCUUAGUACUAGUGCUUUCUUUGUUUCUGAGUUUAGUUUCAUGUGCAAGUUCUGAUCCAACCACUGAACCUCUCAGGCUGUGCAUGACAACUCAACUCAGUUACUACAGCGAAGUCUCUCAAAUUAUCCACACCUCAAACUCAUCUUCUUAUUCAUCUAUCUUGAAAUCCUCACAACAAAACCCUAGAUGGCUAAACUCCACAUCAAAGCCUCUUCUCAUUCUAACACCUUUCAACGAGUCCGAAAUCCAUGCAGCUGUGCUGUGCAGCAAAAAACGUGGCAUACAAAUCAGGGUCAGAAGUGGAGGUCAUGACUAUGAAGGGCUCUCAUAUCUCUGCAAGACCCCCUUCAUCAUCAUUGACAUGAUCAACUUCAAGUCCAUUGAUAUCAACCUUGCAGAUGAAACAGCUUGGGUUCAGUCAGGAGCUACACUAGGUGAGCUUUACUAUAGCAUUGGGAAGAAAAGUGAUGUCCAUGGAUUCCCAGCUGGGAUUUGCCCAACUGUUGGAGUUGGAGGUCAUUUUAGUGGUGGUGGAUUUGGGACUUUGAUUAGAAAAUAUGGCCUAGCAGCUGACCAUGUCAUAGAUGCAAUUUUGAUUGAUGCAAAUGGGAAAAUCAUGAACAGAAAAACAAUGGGUGAGGACCUGUUUUGGGCCAUUAGAGGAGGUGGGGGAGCAAGUUUUGGGAUCAUUGUUUCAUGGAAGAUCAAAUUGGUUCAGGUCCCAAAAGUUGUGACAGGUUUUACAGUGAGCAAGUUAAUUUCACAAGGUGGAAGUAGCCUUGUGAAUAGGUGGCAGUACAUUGCACACAACUUCCAUGAGGAUCUUUUCAUGAGAGUCAUCCUUCAAAAUGUAGGGAGUGGGAGUCAGAAACAAGUCCAAGCCGAUUUCAAUUCUUUGUUUCUGGGAGGGAUCGAGACACUCAUGCCAUUGAUGAAACAGAGCUUUCCAGAGUUGGGUUUGGAAGCAAAAGACUGCAUUGAAAUGAGUUGGGUCCAAUCUGCUCAGUACUUCGCUGGAUAUAAAAAAGACCAGCCUUUGGAGGUCUUGUUGUCUAAGGAGGUACUCUACAAGAGCAAUUUCAAGGCCAAAUCCGACUAUGUAGUAAACCCUAUUCCAGAAAUCGUGCUACAAGGGAUUUGGGAGAGGUUCAUGCAAGAACAACUAGUUUUCAUGAUACUGGACCCCUAUGGUGGAAAAAUGGCUGAGAUUUCGGAAUUUGAAAUUCCAUUUCCUCAUAGGAAAGGGAAUCUGUACAACAUACAGUACCUAGUGAAGUGGGAUGUGAAUGAGGUUAGUGAAGCCAACAAACAUAUGUAUUGGCUGGAUAUGCUUUAUAGGUUUAUGAAGCCUUAUGUGUCAAACUCCCCAAGGGGUGCCUAUAUCAAUUAUAAGGACCUUGAGUUGGGGACCAACAACAGAGGCACCAACACAAGCUACAUGGAAGCAAGUAGUUGGGGGAGAAAGUACUUCAAGAACAAUUUCAAGAGACUUGCAGAAGUGAAGAGCAAAGUUGAUCCACAUAACUUCUUCAGAAACCAGCAAAGCAUCCCUCCUCUUCGUGUUUUGUCUGGCAUAGGAAGAGUCUAA